GAAUGCUGGGUUGUUUACAUUACUGGCACACGGGUCAGGAGUGUGGUGAUGAGAGGGGCCUAGCCAGUGGAGACGAGACUAUCUGAAAACACGUACAUACACACACACACACACACAUCUCGGCUGGCUCUACCACAGCACCGACUCUCCCUCUUCCUCCGUGAAAACUUUUUUUUUUUUUAAACUCUCGGGAAACAGUGCCACGCAGGACGAGAGCUCCACUGAGUCAACUUUAUUUUUUAUUUUUGGAGCGACCUUGGAAAGAAAGGGAAAGUCAAAACAAAGACAACCGCCAUAACCAUCAGAAGAAAGUCUGAACGUAAAGGAGGAUAGCAUAGCAACAGAAUCCCACUUCCUGAGGUGCAAAGGAUCAAGCGCCUAACACCAUGGAUAUGGACACGCAGCCUCAGGGACAGCAAGCAGCCGUGCCCGUCUUUCAACACCAGAAACCAUUGCAACCAGAUAUGGGCCAUAACUCGCUUGCAAACUUCCAGAUUGAGAAGAAGAUUGGACGUGGACAGUUCAGUGAAGUGUGGCGGGCGAGGUACCUGUUAGACAACACGUCAGUGGCUCUGAAGAAAGUCCAGAUAUUCGACUUGAUGGAUGCCAAAGCUCGGCAAGAUUGCAUCAAAGAGAUAGAUCUCCUUAAGCAAUUGAACCACCCCAAUGUGAUAAAGUACCACGCGUCUUUUAUUGAGGACAAUGAGCUGAACAUAGUCCUGGAGCUGGCAGAUGCAGGGGACCUCUCACGUAUGAUCAAGCACUUUAAGAAGCAGAGGAGGCUCAUCCCGGAGAGAACAGUGUGGAAGUACUUUGUCCAGCUCUGCAGUGCACUCGAACAUAUGCACUCCAGGAGAGUCAUGCACAGAGAUAUCAAGCCAGCCAAUGUAUUCAUCACAGCUACUGGAGUAGUGAAACUAGGAGACCUGGGACUGGGACGAUUCUUCAGCUCCAAAACAACCGCCGCUCACUCGCUAGUGGGUACUCCUUACUACAUGUCACCGGAGAGGAUACAUGAAAACGGAUACAACUUCAAAUCUGACAUCUGGUCGCUAGGAUGCCUGCUCUACGAGAUGGCAGCCUUACAGAGUCCGUUCUAUGGAGAUAAGAUGAAUCUUUAUUCCCUUUGUAAGAAGAUAGAACAGUGUGACUACCCCCCUCUUCCCUCAGAUCACUACUCAGAGGAGCUGAGGAACUUGGUAGAUAUGUGCAUCAACCCCGACCCGGAGAAGAGGCCGGACAUCACCUACGUGUACGACAUUGCCAAACACAUGCAGAACAUGACACAAGGCAGCUAAGCCUGGAGUUACACACACUUUAGCUUGCAGAACUCCUUCCCCUCCCCCCUUUGCUUUAGAUGCUGGACUCAUACACAUCUAUCAGCUUUUAUACGAUAACUAACUCAUAAGUUAAGCCCCCUGUGUUAAGUAGAACCUGCUACAUAUUAGUAUUUCAAAGGUGAUGGUUCUGUGUAUAACAUGAUGUAGACACCAAACCUUACCUGCGCUAGGAUAAAGAUUUAAGAGAUGUUGCUUAGCUGUCUGACAGAACUCCCCUUCUUUAGACUAUUAUAUAAUGUUACAUCGCUGAAAGUCAAUAUAUUGUAACUCACAUGUGUGGAUUUACAUUCAGACAUUCAAAUCGUUCUUUAGCAGCUGUGCUGAGCAGAUGCUACAUCAGACAUAAACUCUACAUAUACAUUUGUAUUAAAAAAAAGUUAGGUGUUAGCCUUCUGGAAACAAUUAGUGCAGAUAUCCUCUAAAAUGACCUUGUAGGAUUUUAUUGGGUCUCAUGAGUAGGAAUAGGUUUUGUUAGUUUUGAUUGAUAUUGAUACUUUUAUGAAGACUUAACAAUCCAGGUCUUUAUUAAUAACACUAUGAAUACUUUUCUCUGUGUGUUAUGUUUCUCGCUAAAUGUUUUCUUGAUGUGACAUUUGAACACAUCAUUCUGACAUUUUAUUUACCUUUGCCUUAUAGUCAUUCCACUACACAUACUAAUUAGUGAAAGAGUUUACUGUAUGGGUGUAGAAAAUUACAGAACCGACCUGAAAGUCUCCAUGAAACAGAACAAAAUGAGCAAACAUCUCUGAGUGCACGGUGAGUCAUCAGAAAUGUGAAAUGUUUUACAGGAAGAGAAAUGACAUCAAAUUUGAUGUAAAAAUACUCAGAUAAUGCUUUAAUGAAAUAUAUUAUGCAGAUAAUGUCAGAUAAAUGAGCAUUUAACACAGGAACCAUUAAGGAUUAAAACCAUUUCAUGGGGACUUAAACAGAACCGGGCUUUGAUCCUCAUCCCUGCUCAUGAGACCUCUGGACAGCAAGUGACACAAAAAAAAAGCCUGAAAACUUUGAGCACAACAGUUAAGUUCAAGUAAAGAGACUUUCACUCAAUGGCAGAAAGAACGGAGAGAUAUAAUAGAGUGUUUGAUGGUUGAAGCCUCGUUGUGUUGCACUUUUGACCCUGGUACUGGAAGUCUGGCAGGGUGUUAAUGUCUAAUGAAUGUAUAAGGAAAGGAAGGAUCAUUUCAAGGGUAAACUGGAGACAUGCACAGGGGAGAACAUGGGCAAGUGUCUCCAGAACACUUUGAAUGUUAGUCAUUUUGACAUCUAUGUAUUGUUUUAAAAAAUUUAGAAUUACUCUUUUUUUUUUUUUUUGACAGCCUUGAAGAAGUAGAAGCUGAAACUAAAUGUCACUGACACCUAAAUGUUCCUCCUUUGCUUGACUUCUUACUAUUACAUAUUGUGAGUUUUUUAUUUUUAUUUUAAGGAAUCUAAAAAAACAGUGAGAGAAAAAUCUAAAAAAAAAUCUUCAUAUCGUUGUCCAGUGGAUGCUUUCGACCCACCGGAGGGGGUACAAAGUGGGGUUAUUGUUAAUGUUGCUGUGUGAGUUUGCAGUCGAAUUGUCUUCUUAAGCAACAAAUAAUGUUAGAGAGAAAUCAGGGUCUAGCCUUGUGUAACCGUCCGCUUCACAAAUAAAAUCACAGCGUAACUACCUAAUUUUUGUCCUCAGCUGAGAAACCAAAGACACAAAAAGAGAAUUUAAUGUAGGAGUUAUCUUCUUUUCUUUUUUUUUUAAAG